UUUAAAAAAAUUUCCCUGGAAUUAAUAAUCUUUGAGGGGAAAUGAGCGCUUCGAGGUUCGUAAAGUGCGUGACGGUUGGUGAUGGAGCUGUCGGAAAAACUUGUUUGUUGAUUUCUUACACGAGCAACACUUUCCCUACGGAUUAUGUGCCUACCGUUUUCGAUAAUUUCAGUGCAAAUGUUGUGGUUAAUGGAAGCACCGUGAAUCUUGGAUUGUGGGAUACUGCAGGGCAAGAGGAUUACAACAGAUUAAGACCACUGAGUUACCGUGGAGCAGAUGUUUUCAUUUUGGCCUUCUCUCUUAUCAGUAAAGCCAGUUAUGAAAACGUCUCCAAAAAGUGGAUCCCGGAGUUGAAACAUUACGCGCCUGGUGUCCCCAUCAUCCUUGUUGGAACAAAGCUUGAUCUUCGAGAUGAUAAACAGUUCUUUAUCGACCAUCCUGGCGCUGUCCCGAUCACUACUGCUCAAGGAGAGGAGCUGAGGAAGCAAAUAGGAGCACCUACUUACAUCGAAUGCAGUUCCAAAACUCAAGAGAAUGUGAAGGCGGUGUUUGACGCAGCCAUUCGAGUGGUGUUGCAACCACCGAAGCAGAAGAAGAAGAAGAGCAAAGCGCAGAAGGCAUGCUCCAUUCUAUGAUGAUUGGAAAUCUCUGUUUUUAUGUAUUUGGUUUUGGUAUAUUAAUCUUCUAACAAUGAAUGAAUCAAUGUGUUAAUGGACAGACACCCAAGUUUGAUUGGUCCUUUUUUGUUCUUAAUAUUAAUGGAGUUUGUCGGAAUCAACGUCUUUUUGCUUC